CGUUUAAACAUUGAUCAAUUUCCACGGUGGUUUCACUUUCAGUAGAAAACAUCGGAAUGGUAUAGUUUUGUUGACACCACAAAUAACCUGAUAGUUUUGUGUCAUAAAUUUGAGGUACCAUGCCGCCAAAAGGAAAGCAGGGCACUAAAGGUGCUAAACAGAUUGUAGAGGAGAACAAAGCAACACUACAGUUUUAUCAGUAUGUUAUUGGAGGAGUUAAUGUUGCAUUUUUUCUGGUACAGUACUUUCUCUUCUGGGAAUUUUUCACAGCAUUUUAUGUGUUCUUAUGGUUGUCAGCGGUGGCUGUGUGCCUGGGUAGCUACCAAUUCAUGGCCAGUAUGGGCCGAGCCAAAUACUCCACAGAUGGGGCCUUGCUAGACAGUGGCAUCGACUUAAACAUGGAGUCUGGGAUGGCAGAGCAUGCUAAAGAUUUACUCCUGCUUACCAGCAUUGUAAUGUGUCUCAGCUUGUUGUCAAAUUUCUUCUGGAUAUUGUGGCUGCUGGCUCCAAUCCGGGCCUUUUAUAUGCUAUGGGUCAACAUUCUGGCCCCCUGGAUAUUUGCUCCAGCUCCAGAAGUAGAUGAGAAAAAACAGAAAAAGAUGGAGCGCAGAAUGAAGAGGCACUGACAGACCUGUAGCUCUAGGACAUUAAUUUAUUGGUUACACUGUUCAACAGUUCAUUCCGUUUAGUUUCAAAAUAAUUCAAUUUUUGUUCAAUUUUUUUUUUUACCUUUAUUCAUGGCAUGAUAUUCAUCUGUUUUAAAAAAAUUCAUUUAUUUUAUGACAUAUUUGAUAUGUAUGCAAUAUUGACUUAGAUGUAUAUUCUAAAUUCAGGUUAUUUUACAUGUAUUGAUGAAUUGAACUUCCUUUUCAUUGAGUUUUGUAGAAUCACUAGAAAUUGAAUCAUUAUUUGUAAUUACUGUUGUAAAGAAAGUAUUGUACAUAUGAAAGUUUGCACUUCCUCUCAAAGUCCUGAUUACUUUUUUCUUGAACCAAACAUGUAAAGUUUAGUAGUUUUUUCCUAAUCUUUUUCAAUAACGCAGAAAAAAUUAGAGACUAAAAUGUAUUUUAUGCCUGAUUCAAACUGAAUAUUGCUUUUUUACAAAGUGGUUGGCAUGCAUAUGCAGGGGUACUUCAAUGUCAUUUGAAAAUCACAGAGCUCUUUCUAAAAUUACGGGGGUAUUGAAUUUUCAUAUUUUAGUCACAUUUUCCAUCAGCUAGAAAGCAGAAAAACAAAACAUAUUACAAAACUGACCUACAUUUUACUUAAAUGUUUGGACUAGUGAGAAAUCUCGGUUUUAUGCUGUGGAAUCAGUUUAAUAAGUGAAGGUCAUUGUUCAUGGGUAACCAACAUUAUUUUGUUCAUGGGAAUAUAAUUUCAUAUGUAACUUGUAUAUUUAGAUGAUUCAAUGAAUAAAUUUAUUGACUAAAUUAUUGUUUGGGGGGUUUUAAUUCAUGGAAUUAGGUGACCUACAAAAUCCUCAUUUUUUUGCUGUAUUUAGCACUGUCAUGUAAUGAAAAGUUUAUAACUUUCAACUAAUUGGUACAAUGUAUGAAUGACCUACAUUCAUUCAAAGUUUUAAUUGAUUUUUUAACUGUUAAAUAAAUCACAUGGUCCAAGGAACCCGAAGGGGUUGGGGAUGGGGUGGGAAGUAAUUUUGCUUUAUUUAAGUACUCGGUAUACUAUAGAAAAUAUCAAUCUCUCAUGCAGAGUUGUCGUUCGUUCCUCUCUCAGACACCUCUGCAAUGGGCUCACGUCAAGAUUUUUGACAUAACGUAUAAAACAUGAUAUUUGAAGGAUUGUUUCAAUUUAAAUUAAUAGUUUUGUAUUGAUUUAGUAAAUAUUUAUCUCAAAACUCAGACAUAAUCGUAGAAAUUGAAUUAUACUGAAUUAAAACAAAUGCACUAUUUCUCGUGUUUAACACUGUGUAUACGCGAGCUAACGUCGGAGGUGAAUGUAUGAGCCGAUGGUAGAGAGUGAGAAAAUAUAGCUACUUAACCUUGCUUGUCAAGAAAUAUUUGAUAAUGUUGUCAAAGCAUUGUGCCUCUCCUAACUGAAAUUUUCCUAAAUAAAUUGUGUAGAAGUAGGGAAAUUUAAUGUUCUCAAAAGAAGAAUAUUGAAAGUAUUCUUAGUGCUAAAAGGUAUCCAUUUGAUGUUGAAAAGGAAAAAGUUUUUUUUUCAGAACAAGGGUUGAAUAAGAAUCCAGGUAUUUUUUAAUGUUUUAGACUGACAUAAUUUGAAAACAUUAUGAUGAAUUAUUUGGAUGACAUUGUAUAGAAUAAAAUCGGA